AUGGGCACGGUGCCGCAGCGCCUGCAGCGCCUCCUCGACCGCCCCGGGCCGCUCGGCGACCUGCUGGGUCGCCUGGAAGCCCGCACCGGCGUCCGGCGGCUCUACCUGGCCACAGGUUCUGUGGCGUUCCUGGGGCUCUACCUCAUGUUCGGCUAUGGCGCCUCGCUGCUCUGCAACCUCAUCGGCUUUGCCUACCCCGCGUAUGUCUCCAUCAAAGCCAUCGAGAGCUCCAGCAAGGAGGACGACACCACGUGGCUGACGUACUGGGUGGUGUACGGCGUCUUCAGCGUAGCCGAGUUCUUCUCCGACACCUUCCUCUACUGGUUCCCGUUCUACUACGCUGGGAAGUGCCUGUUCCUGGUGUGGUGCAUGGCCCCCGUGUCCUGGAACGGGUCGCAGGUGCUCUACCAGAACGUCAUCCGGCCCUGCUUCCUCAGGCACCACCAGACCGUGGACAACGUGCUGGGCAACCUCAGCACCAAAGCCCUGGACGCGGCCUCCAGCGUCACCCGAGAAGCCUCCAGAGCAGCCCUGAACCUGGCGCAAGAAGCGGAGAAGAGCAAAUGAGAGUGGCCUACGG